UCUCCGCAGACCUGGCAACCCUAACCGCUCCAUGUGUUAGCUCGCCGCUAGCCUGCGUGCUAUUAUUGAUUGAUUUGUCAAAAUCUAAAGCCUCUCAUCCGAUAGAAUCGAACAAAACACGAGACUUUAACACAAAUAUACAUCGUUUGCCAUUGAUAAAAAAAUGGCAGCGAUUGCAAUACCAGAAAACACCAGGGUCUUUCUUCUGGACAUUGAAGGAACUACGACGCCCAUCACGUUUGUCAAGGACAUCUUAUUUCCCUACAUCAGAGAAAAUCUGGAGGACUAUCUGUCAGCACAUUGGGAAGAGGAUGAAUGCAAACAAGACGUACAUCUGCUCAAGAAACAGGCAGAAGAAGACUUGCGGCAGAAUAAAGCAUGCCCUGUUCACACGGUGGACCAGACAGUGCACACGGAUGAGGAGAAGGCCAUCCGUGAGGUUGUGGAGAACGUCCUCUGGCAGAUGGCAGCUGACAGGAAAACCACUGCGCUCAAACAGCUGCAAGGCCACAUGUGGAGAGCAGCCUAUAUGAUGGGGAGAAUCAAAGGCGAGGUUUACCAGGAUGUGCUUCCAGCCAUCAGAAGGUGGAGGCAUCAUGGACUGAAGAUCUACAUCUACUCUUCUGGAAGUGUGGAGGCGCAGAAGCUGCUCUUCGGCUAUUCUGACCAGGGUGACAUAUUAGAUCUGUUCGACGGCCAUUUUGACACCAACAUUGGCGCCAAAGUAGAAAGUAAAAGCUAUGAGAACAUCGCAGAGAGGAUUGGAUGCCAACCCGAGGAAAUCAUGUUCUUAACUGACGUCACACGAGAGGCAAAGGCAGCAGAGGACGCUGGCGUGAACGUGGCUGUCGUAGUAAGACCUGGAAACAUGGAGUUAACCGAAGAGGAAAGAGACCAUUAUAGAAUCAUCACAUCUUUCAACCAGUUAGAAAUGAUUGGGAACGUUUGAUGGUGCAGAGCUGGAGUUUUCGGAUCGGAUCAUGUGGAAAAACCAGCGGUUAUUUGAUGAUUUUCUGUUGGACUGAAACUCCAAGACUCCCAGGUGCUUGUUUUUCGGUUUUGUUUUUUACACUGAAACCCAUCUUUGCAUUAUGAUACACCCGCAUUCUCUUUGAAUGUUUUAUAUUCAGUGUUAAUGUGUAGCAUAUGGCAUAUUCGUAUCAGGAUAUUAUUAUUUUUUGUCUCCCACAUGUGCAGUGGUCAAAUUGUACCUCAUGUCAAGCCCGCUCUUAUAAACCUCGAUAUUAAA